GACGUCACCGGCGCGGCCCCGCCCCUCACCAUGGCGCGCGAGCUGAUCGGCCCCGCGCUGCCGCCCGGCUUCCCGCGCCGCGCCGAGGAGGACCCGGAUGAGGAGUUGGGGCAGGUUGCAGGACCAGCAUUGCCCCCAGACUACAGAAGCAGCAGCAGCUCAGAAGCUCCUGACAGUGACGACGACUCUGAAUCUCUUCCUCUGCCUAGGGACACAGGUGGAGAUUCUGGAGAGGAUUCAGAAGGAGCUUCACAGCCCAAGAAGCCAAGAAGAAUUCAGGAAAACGAUGAUGACGACGAUGGCUUUUUUGGGCCUGCUCUUCCUCCUGGAUUUAAAAAAGAGGAUGAUUCCCCAGAGAGGCCCAUCAUAGGUCCUGCGUUACCGCCUGGCUUUAGGAAAUCUGCACAGGACACUGAGAGUAACACAUCUUCAAUAGGACCAUCUGCUUCAUCACAAUUCACCCAGGCAACAGAUAGUAGCGAGGAAGAAGACAACAUUAUAGGCCCAAUGCCCGCAAAAGGACCAGUGGAGUCUGAUGUGACUCAAGAAUUUGAACGCAGAGCUCAGAGAAUGAAGGAGAAACUUACCUCAGCAGACAGUGAUGAACCCAAGCAAGUUACAAGGGAAUCGUGGAUGACAGAACUUCCACCUGAGCUGAAAAGCUUUGGAUUUGGCCCAAGAACAUUCAAGAGAAGAGCUGAAGACAAAUCGGGUGAUAGGUCUGUGUGGACAGAUACUCCAGCUGACAGAGAGAGAAAAGCCAAGGAAAGAGAAGAGGCAAAGAAGUCAACCAGUAAGGAUAAUGAAGAAAUGGUAUUAUCUGGGAGAGACAAGAGACUUGUUGAGCAGGUGACUUCUUAUAAUGAGUCAAAGAGAUCAGAGUCUCUCAUGGACAUACAUCAGAAAAAGCUGAAGAGCAAAGCAUCUGAGGAAAAGAACAAACCUCAGGAGAGAAGGCCGUUUGACCGAGAGCAGGAUCUCAAAGUCAAUCGAUUUGAUGAAGCACAGAAGAAAGCCUUGAUAAGAAAAUCCAGGGAUCUGAAUUCUAAAUUUGAGCACAGUAAAGGCAAUAUGUUUUUAUAAGGUAAAAGCUUGAAGCUUUUUUGAAGUCAAUUCAGAUUUGAAUACUUAAUUUUUUAAGUAUUUUUUUUUCUGUAAAUAUUUGUACGCAAAAUAAAUAUCCUGAUGUUUAACUAGUUUUACUUGCCUGUAAAUACUUUGCUAUGAAGGGUCAUCUGUAGUAAAACUAAGGUGGCUGGGGAAAGUGCUAGUAUUAAGAAAAAGAAAGAAAGAAGGAGACUACAGAAAAUGUGAGCUUGCUCAGGCUUUUUAGGUUGCAUUUUGUUGAGGUUUUUUUUUUUUUUUUUGCCAGCAUAAAGAUAAUUAAUUAAAAUAUUACUUUAAGGUGUUUAAAAAUUUAUCUGGCAGUGGAAUCAGCAGUUUCCUCCUUUCUUUUACCAUUCUUAAGGUAUAACUCGCUGAGCCUGACCUGAACUUUGUGCAAAAAUCCCCUUUAUGCUUGUGGUGGGGCGAGAUAUUGCUUGAUAAGCUUUGUGCUGGGAAGUAUAAACAAAAAUGGCACCAUUCAUAUCCACACAGUAUUUGUAUUUUGGAGACUGUGUGUUUGUGUCAUUGCCAGUUAUACACUGGUAUAAUUUCUGUAUUGUAGCAGAAAGAGUUAGCAAUAGUAGAAGCAGCAAUAAAGCCUCAAGAUUUGCAGGUUUAAUUAUAAAAAGAUGGUAUAAAAGAAGAGAAAAUCUAAUUGAAGUUUCAAUUUGCAGAGCUUAGCAUCAGAAAAUCCAUCUCUUUUAAGCAAAUACAAUGUGAAAAUUAAACCAGAAUAAAACUUAUUUUGUCAGUUA